AUGUGCAAAGAUUGUACUAACCGGGAGAAAAAUAAUGAACAGUACGACGUGUUAGUUGAAAAAUAUCGAGAAUACUUUCCUGACGCCGACAAACAGGAAGUUAUAAAAAAAGUCAAUUAUUUGCGGACAAACUUCCGCAAAGAACUGAAAAGUAUUCGAGAUGCUGAAAAAAGUGGUACUGGUACAGAGGACAUCAAACCUUCAUUGUGA